UUGCCCAGUGCUGCUUGUGUGUGCCAUUCUCUGCUUGCCCAGUGCUGCUUGUGUGUGCCAGGUUAUGAGUUGGGGAGCAGCCUCUUUCCUUCUCUUCAGAAAGUAGCCAAUACUGCGAUGUUCUCCUGUGUAUAUGGCAUCCCAUGAUACCUGGCCUGGAAGUCAGGGGGGACACAUACGUGCACCGGGGGGAGCAACCCUGAAACAUGUCUAUCAUCAACAACUUCCACUUCUUAGAAUUUAAGAGUCAGAGAUGGAAGGGAGGACAGGUGGGAGAAAUAUGGCAGAUAGUGGGAGCAACGCACGCAGCCAGCGAGAUAAGGGCCAGAUUAGAUUAAGGAGCCUGGCAGAUAAGAUUGCAAGCUCAAUGUACCGCUUCUACCUGCCUGAUUGUGUAUAGACCCUUCAUCUUGGAGCGACACCCUGUAUGUGUCAUAUAUAUAUAUCUAUAAGGGCAGGAAGUCUGGGAAAUAAGGACAGUCAGGUAAGGGUAAGGGGCACGUGAGGGGAAUGAGAGGGAAGCCUGGAUAAAUAAGGACAGUCAGGGGGGUAAGGGGCAGGUGAGGGGAAGGAGAGGGAAGCCUGGGAAAUAAGGGCAGUUAUGGGGGAUAAGGGGCACGUGAGGGGAAUGAGAGGGAAGCCUGGAUAAAUAAGGACAGUCAGGGGGGUAAGGGGCAGGUGAGGGGAAGGAGAGGGAAGCCUGGGAAAUAAGGGCAGUUAUGGGGGAUAAGGGGCACGUGAGGGGAAUGAGAGGGAAGCCUGGGAAAUAAGGACAGUCAGGGGGGUAAGGGGCAGGUGAGGGGAAGGAGAGGGAAGUCUGGGAAAAAAGGGCAGUUAUGGGUGUAAGGGGCAGGUGAGGUGAAGGAGAGGGAAGCCUUGGAAAUAAGGGCAGUUAUGGGGGACAAAGGGCAGGUGAGGGGAGGAGAGGGAAGUCUGGGAAAUAAGGGCAGUCUGGGAGGGGGUAAUGGGCAGGUGAGGGGAAGGAGGGGCAAGUCUGGGACAUAAGGCUCUCCUAUGACUGAAAAUAGAAAUAGCUUCAUGGACCAUGACUAAAAAUGUGCUCUACAAUAAGUUAGUGUAGUGAGAACUUCAUGGAGUCAGGCUAAUGAUGUAAUCUCCAGUAAUUGACGGUAGAGAGAUUCCUGAACCCUGGCUAAGGAUUUGCUUUCUAGGGAUUGAGGAUAAAGAGAGAAAUAUCUGGACCUUCACUUAAGACAUACUUUUUCAUGAAUGAGGGCAAACAGACCCUCCUAGAUCUUGGCUAAGGUCAUACUCUCCAAUAAUUGAAGGUAGAGAGAUUCCUGGAUCCUGGUUAUGAAUGUAUUCUCCAAUAAGAAAGGUAGAGCCCACUCUACUUUGGACCUUACCUGCCAUGCUUUCCUAGACCUUGCCUGGAUCCUUGAUUAGUACAUACUCUCAAAACUCAAUGAGUGACUGUAGAGAGAUUCCUAGACUCUGCCUGAUAAUAUGCUAUCCAAUGAGUGAGUAUAGAGAGAUUACUGGAUCCUGACUGAGAACAUGCUCUUCAAUGAGUGAGUGUAGAGAGAUUCCUAGACCCUGCCAGAGAUUGUGCUCUCCAAUGAGUGAGUGUAUGGAGAUUCCUGGACUCUGCCUGAGAACAUGCUCUCCAAUGAGUGAGCGUAGAGAGAUUCCUAGACCCUGUCUGAGAAAAUGCUUUCCAAUGAGUGAGCAUAGAGAGAUUCCUGGAUCCUUGAUUAGGAAAAACUCUACAAUUAGUGAGCAUAGAGAGAUUCCUGGAGCCCAUCUGAGAACAUGCUCUACAAUUAGUAAGUGUAGAGAGAUUACUAGAUCAUGGCUAAAAACAUGCUCCCCAAUAAGUAAGUUAAGAGUGAGCUCUCCAUUAAGUGAAUGUAGAGAGAUCCAUAGACCCUGCCUGAGAACAUGCUCUCCAAUGUAUGAGCAUAGAGAGAUUCCUUGAUCUUUGAUUAAGACAUACUCUAUAAUGAGUGAGCAUGGAAAGAUUCAUGAGCCCUGCCUUAUAAUGUGCUGCCCAUUAAGUGAGUGUAGAGAGAUGCUUGGACCCUGCCUGAGAACACGCUUUCCAGUGAGAGUGCAUAGAGAGAUUCUUGAAUCCUUGACUAGAACAUACUCUACAAUGAGUGAGUGUAGAGAGAUUCCUGCAGCCUGCCUAAGAAUGUGCUCGCCAAUGAGUGAAUGUAGAGAGAUUACUGGACCCCAUUGGAGAAUGUGCUCUCCAAUGAGUGAGUGUAAAGAGAUUACUAGAUCAUGGCUGAGAAUGAGUCAGUGUAGAGAGAUUCCUAGAACCUGCUUGAGAACAUGCUCUCCAAUGAAUGAGCAUGGAGAGAUUGCAGGAUCCUUUAUUAGGACAUACUUUACAAUGAGUGAGUGUAGAGAGAUUCCUGAACCCCAUCUGAGAACAUGCUAUCCAAUGAGUGAGGAUAUAGAGAUUCCUAGACCAUGGCUGAGAAUGUGCUCUCCAAUGAGUGACUGUAGAGAGAUUCCUAGACCCUGCCAGGGAACAUGCUCUCCAAUGAAUGAGCAUAGAGAGAUUCUUGAAUCCUUGAUUAGAACAUACUCUACAAUGAAUGAGUGUAGAGAGAUUCCUGGACCCUGCCUGAGAAUGUGCUCUCCAAUGAGUGAGUGUAGAGAGAGAUUGGACCCUAUCAGAGAAUGUGCUCUCCAAUGAGUGAGUGUAGAGAGAGAUUGGACCCUAUCAGAGAAUGUGCUCUCCAAUGAGUGAGUGUAGAGAGAGAUUGGACCCUAUCCGAGAAUGUGCUCUCCAAUGAGUGAGUGUAGAGAGAGAUUGGACCCUAUCAGAAAAUGUGCUCUCCAAUGAGUGAGUGUAGAGAGAGAUUGGACCCUAUCAGAGAAUGUGCUCUCCAAUGAGUGAGUGUAGAGAGAGAUUGGACCCUAUCAGAGAAUGUGCUCUCCAAUGAGUGAGUGUAGAGAGAGAUUGGACCCUAUCAGAGAAUGUGCUCUCCAAUGAGUGAGUGUAGAGAGAGAUUGGACCCUAUCAGAGAAUGUGCUCUCCAAUGAGUGAGUGUAGAGAGAGAUUGGACCCUAUCAGAGAAUGUGCUCUCCAAUGGGGGUAGAGUGAUUUUUUGAACCCUGGUGUGGGUGUUAACAAUUAACUGAAUAAGAGCAGGGAGAUCUGCUAAGGAGAGUGAGUGUUUUUUGGAGAGCUCUCUGGGCCCGAGCUAAGACUGGUGAGUUAGGGAUGGGAGAACUCUGGAUCUGGCUUCUUUCAGGUAACAUAUUUACUCAUUGGGGGGGAUGGUUCAGCCCUUGGGGGGCUCAUACAGUCACUGAUUCCCUCUGUGCAGCUGCACCCCUGGUUCUGCUGCACAUAAUGGGGGUGUAGUGCAGUAUUGGAAGAGCAAAGUUCUAAUAUCGACAGGGAAUGGCAGGUGCAGUUUGUAUCCCACAUUCCGGAGACUGAUAGUCAUUCCCUGCCUGUGAUUUAUUCACAGAAUAUUCGCUGAUGGUGGAAGUGUUAUUUGCGUAUCUGAGAUACAAAUAUACACAGAGGCACCUCAUGCAGGUAGUGUGCGAUGCAAAGGGUUAACGGGAGGUUGGCUCCUGAUUGGCUGAGCCUGUUCUUCCUCCUCCUCCUCAAGCAGAAUUUAGGGGGAGAUAAUCCAGAUGUGCAGCAGGAGAGCGGCAGAGAAAGACGGAGAGCAGAGCCUGACACAGCAGAGAAAGAAAGAAGUUUUUACCCCAGAGACUCAGCUGAACGACAGUCCAAGACAGAGGUGCAAGUCAGACCCAUUGUAACCCCCAGAUCUGCUCAGAGAUAUCUUUGGAAAUAUGGUUGGAUAGAGCCAGUGCACUGGGAGUCCCGACUGUUCCAUGGAGAUCCAACUCCCACAGUGGAGAAUGUGAUCCAAUCAGACAGCAGUGACCUGCUGUCUGUGAAAAACACACCAUUUGACAGUGAAUCCCUCACAGACAAAGAGCUCACAUUAAACCCCAGAUUCAGUGGAGCACUUCGCAGGUUCCAGGAGGCCAAUGAGCUUGUGGUAACAGGGAAGCUGGAUGCUGCCACCAUGAUGGCUAUGAAUGUCCUACGAUGUGGAGUUCCUGACCGCAAAGUGCCUGAGGGUGAGGAGAGUCAGCCAGAAGAUAGUGAAGAAAAUGGGUCCACCACUCCUUCCAUCCCCAAUGAGAGUGAAGAAGACAACAGAGACCCACAUGAAGAGAGCACAGAGGAGAUCCAAGAAACAGGACAAACUUUAGGUCUUCCAGCAAAGCAUCAUAUCAGGAGGAAGCGCAGCCAAUUGCUAAAAGCUGGAGCUAAAAGAACAGCCUUUGCCAAGCAUACAUUGAAAUGGAGGCUACUUGGAGAAGGCUACAGUGCCUGGUUGUCCAAAGAGCAGCAGCGAUACAUACUGCGCCUGGCCUUUCGCAUGUGGAGUGAGGUCGUGCCUCUCAACUUUGAAGAAGAUCUCUUUUUUCCAGCUCAUCUUAUAGACGUCAAACUGGGGUUUGGGACACGCCGACACUUGGGUUGCUCCCAGCUGUUUGAUGAUAUGGGCAGAGAAUUUGCCCAUGCCUGGCAACUUGGUGAUAUUCACUUCAAUGAUGAUGAACACUUUGUCCCCCCAAACAGCGAGCAUGGGAUCAGCCUCCUAAAGGUUGCAGUACAUGAGAUUGGUCACGUUCUUGGUCUGAGUCAUAUGAAUCUGCUGGGAUCUGUCAUGCAGCCAAAUUAUAUCCCAGCCAAUGGAAAGAUGGAGCUGGACUGGACUGACCGGAUGGCAAUACAGAAAAUCUAUGGAAAAUGCUUAGGGAGGUUCAAUACAGUGUUUGACUGGGUUUAUCAGGAGCCAGAUGAUCUGGGCCACAAGGUGUCUCAUUACAACACCUAUUUUUUCCGGCGUAGCUGGUACUGGCGGUAUGAGAACAGCAGUAACCGUACAUGGUAUGGUUACCCCCAAGAGCUUAAGGUGGGCUGGGAAGGAAUCCCUCAUGCUGACAUUGAUGCUUUUCUCCACUUCUGGACAAGGAAGAAAAGAUUCACCUUGUUCUUCAAAGGCAAACUAUACUGGCGGUAUGAUGACCAAAAUGACCGGGCCUACAGGCAGGACCCAGAAGGACACAUCUACCCUCGGCUCAUCUCAGAAGGGUUCCCAGGAAUCAGUGGCCCCAUAGACACCGUUUUCUUUGAUCAGAGAGAUCACAACAUCUACUUUUUCCACAAGAAGAACGUAACAGCAUUUGGCGUGGAAAGUCAGAAGGUGGUUCCUGGGUACCCAAAAGCCAUUGAGGAUUUGUUUCCUGCAGCUAAAAGUGGUGACCACCCUAAAGGAAAUUUGGAUGCAGUGUAUUUCUCUUUCAGCCACAAGGCCAUCUUCUUCAUCAAGGGCUCAUAUGUAUGGAGUGUGGCUACAAGUGCCGACCUCCCCUAUAACUCACUGCUUCCACGCCGUCUUAUCAAUGAACAGUGGAAUGAUAUCUGUGAUGUUCACCCCUCCAUGCUUUCUAUGCCCAGGAGAUAAGGUGCCAAAGCAGAUCUAGUCAAAGUUGGCUCUACCCAGGGGACAGGGAUUCAGUAGAGAUCUUGCCAAGGUUUGUUCUUUAUACCCAGAAGAUAAUAUACCAAGUUAGGCUUAGUGAAGGUUGGUUGUUCAUGCCCAGCUGAUAGGAACUAGGCUACCUUCUACCCCUAGCCAUAGGACAUCAGACUAGCCAAGCAUAAAAAGCUAUAGCCAGAAAACAGUGUAUUAUGCCUGAUUUAUCCAGGGUAUAGGGUGAUAGGGAAACAAGGAACAGGACAAAUUUAGACACUUUUUUUGGAUAAAGAGAUCACGAUACGCUGGUAAUCUGCUUAAUAGAAUUGAUUGCUGACUACAACAUGACAUGUUUUGGGCCCUGUUGUGCCCUUAACUAAUUUCCACUCUGUACACUGUGAUAGGCCACAUCUAGGGAAGCUCAGGCAAUAGGGUACCAGACCAGAUCUAGGCAAAGUUGCCCAUUUGUCAGUGGGUGAUAGGGUGCUAGAUGUGGUUUAGCCAAUGCAGCCUAAGGAAGUUUGGCCUCAGUAACCUCCUCUUCUGCUAUAAUGAUGGGGUACAGCUCCUUCAUGGUCACUGCACUUCCUUGCACCUCCUACAUAUUCUCUGACAGGCUGGAACCUGGAACUUCUAUGCAUCUUCAUGGAAUACCAAGAACAUGACACCUAUUUUAUUUCUUACCUGACUCCCAGAAUGAAGAGGUAAGACCCUUUGUAGGGUCUCUGAAAGCCUGGAAUGUUCCUUGGGGAGCCGACAUAUAAGCACCAGUGUAAUGAGUGUAUGACAAACAGGAUUACUGGAUGAGAAGCCUCAGGCUUUGAUUGUGUCAAGUAAAUGUGCAUCCAAACUGGACUAAACUGCUGACACUUUGUAUUGUUCUCCUAGCCAAUAGUCAGGCUCACCAUGUUGCAGGACUUAAAGAUACGAGUGUGUAAGUAAAAAUCAUCACUGACGAAGGGGGCAGCCGGCCCCUGAAAUGUUUGGCUUUUUUGUACUCCGCAUAAAUAAAAGCUUGGAGGUAGCUCCGUGUACACCAAUUCAGUCGUCGAGUGCAACUUAUUCUUUCUGCCACGUAUUA